AGAGGAGAGGGAGGGCGCGGCGGUGGCGGCAGCCCGGCCGGCAGGAAAAGACUCGAUGGCGGCCAGUUACCCGUAUGGACAGGGUUACUCUGGACCUGCAGGACAAGCUCCAGGUGCUCCACAAGGCGGUUACUCUGGAGGGCAGUAUGGCGGUGGAGUGCCUCCUGGAGGUCCCUAUGGUGGGCCAGCCCCUGGGGGUCCACAUGGGCCACCAUCUGGUGGAGGGCCUUAUGGCCACCCUAACUCUGGGCCUCCUGGUGGUAUGUAUGGAGGAGGCCCAGCACCAGGCGGGCCCUAUGGGCAACCAUCGACUAAUCCAUAUGGUGCCCCUCAGCCCGGACCCUAUGGCGGAGGUGGUACUGGAGCAGGGAACAUCCCACCUGGUGUGGACCCAGAAGCCUUCUCUUGGUUCCAGAGUGUAGACUCCGACCACAGCAACUAUAUCUCAAUCAAAGAGCUACGGGAGGCCCUGGUCAACUCCAACUGGUCCACUUUCAAUGAUGAAACUUGCUUGAUGAUGAUGAAUAUGUUUGAUAAGAACAAGUCUGGGCGGAUUGAUGUCUAUGGGUUUUCAGCCCUGUGGCGCUUCCUCCAGCAGUGGCGUAAUCUCUUCCAGCAGUAUGACCGUGACCAGUCGGGAAGCAUUAAUUGUAAUGAGCUGCACCAAGCUCUCUCCCAAAUGGGAUACAAUCUGAGUCCCCAGUUUUCCCAGCUGCUGCUGUCGCGUUACUCACCAAAGGCCAACAAUCCUGGCAUCCAGCUGGACCGCUUCAUUCAGAUCUGCACCCUGCUCCAGACCAUGACCGAAGCCUUCCGAGAGAAGGAUACCGGAAUGACGGGCAGCGCACGGAUCAACUAUGAAGACUUCCUUAUGAUGUCAGUCACUCGCAUGUUGUGAGGCCUUUCCUUUCGGAGGACAAAGGGUGUUCAUGACAUUGGUGAUCUCGCUGGAGACUGUUGGCACUUCCAACAAACACUCAGAAGGAAGAUCAAUUGACCACUUUGUGUAGAAGAUAUUGUGUUAUGAAGGGAAAUGAAAUUGCCCUUCUCUUUCUUCAUUUGUAAACAGUCAGAUGUUUAGGCAUUGCCAGAUGGAUUCUUUGACAUGGUUAUUUGGUUCAGUUUGAUUACUGUGAAGAAGCUGCCCCAAUGUAGCUACUAGGGGGCAAACCAAAAACGUCAAGCCAAAAUUAGAAUGUUGUGCCGCUCCACCAAACAAGUCUUCUCCCCUGCCCCCAAGGUAAAUACCUUCGUCCUUCAAUUUAGGUUUCUACUGCAGCUUCAGAGAUGGUUGGCAGGCAAUUUGAAUAAUGCCUUGUGCUUUGGAGUUUGCUGUAUUUUAGGGCAGAUCUAUCUUGGGCAGUCUUGAAUUGCCAAAGCAGAAAACAACGCCAAGGAGAGAAUGCCAGGCACCAGGGCUUUUGUGUUUAACACCAGUCAAGAUUCCUGUGCUCCUUGACAUCCAUUUCAAACGCAGCUCCCCUCUUUGCCUUGAGAUGAGCCAAGAUUUUAGACUUUUCUUCUGGGGACCCUUUUCCCUGAAGUUCUGGUGCCCCACCCUAGUCAAUAUGUUUCCCCAGUGCUAAAGUGCAAAAUUUUGCCAGGAAAUAAUUUAACUCUUCCUCUUUUCAGUUGCCAACACUAUGUGAUUUUUUUUGUAGGGGCCAAAAUCAUGUAUAAUAAUGUGUCAGUAAGAGAUUUAUGCCUAGGUAAAACUCUACAAUAAAGGAUCCUAAGCACUGA